UAGGCGCAGAGUCGGUUCAUUUAAAUCGAUGGUAUUUUCGGGGAGAAAACAGCACUAAAUCACUUUUCUGUAUUUCAGUUGGUCUUCAGUUCAUCUAUGCGAGUUGGUUACCUUCAAGAAACCGAAAGACUUUGUACACAACCACUGAAGUAGUGUCAGGUUGCAAUAUUCUUUCCAACAUGUUGAUAAAAUUGAGGCUUUGAAGUGAAUGAACUUUGAGAGCCGUUCUCGCGAUGGAGAAAAUUUUACGAGGGAUCAUUAAGUACAAAGCCAGCAACUUUUUAGUGCGAUGGUUUACGCAUGCACAAAAACAACAUGUAAAACCUCCGAUUCUCUUCGUCUCGUGCGUCGAUUCCCGCGUUCUGCCCACCCACUUCUGCCAAACAAGCCCCGGCGACAUGUUCAUUUUGCGCAAUGCCGGUAACGUGAUCCCGCGGGCCAACUACUCGGAGGGCGAGCCCACGCACGUUAGCUGCGAGGUCGUGGCGUUAGAGAUCACCUGCAAUCGCUCAAAGGUGGAGCACGUGGUCGUGUGUGGACACUCAGAUUGUCAGGCACUGUACGCUGCCUACAGUCACUACACCGAGAAAGAAACAAAGAAACCCCUCAAGCGAGUCAGCCAGGUCAUUCAUCAGUGGUGCCGGACCCACGGCGUAGAGGCCAGCCUCAACAAGCUACAAGAUCUGAGUGCUAGGACUCCCAGUGAAGGGGUCAUGACAUUCGAUGUCGGGGCAACACCGAUUGAAGCCUACUUCAAAGACUUUGACUCCACAGAUGAAAAGAGCUUGUUAGACAAACUCUCUAAGGUGAAUGUUUUGCAGCAGUUGGAGCAUCUGUCGUCCUAUCGCUCCAUCCGGCGUCGCGUGAUCGCCGGCACCUUAUCCCUCCACGGCAUGUGGUACGACGUCGCGACCGACACGGUCUACUGGUUCAGCAGAGCUCGCAGGAUGUUCCUGGAGAUCAACGAAGACAACAUUGAGGAAAUCGUCCAGGAUUGCCAGCCGACAGUCACGGAUACGACAACUCCGAAUGACAUCGGAUUCAAAGUUCCCAGCUGAGAAGAGUUGCGCAUUGGUUCUUUCCUCAACUUCCAUCCCUCCGACCCGGGUUCAAAUCCCACUCAACCCUUGUGCAAGGUUCCUAGCUGAGUUGAGUUAGUGCAGUGUCAAGCCCAGCCCCUCUCCUCCCUGAAAAUAAUCCAUUUCCUUUCUGGCUUGCAGAGUUGUGCAUAAUGUCCAAUGUUUCUGAUCGAUGUCAGCUUUGUGAAAAAAAAAUAGUGAAAUUAAACGUACAGUUGUAUACAUUUUAACAUCUGUGUAUGCCAAAGCACACAAAAGACUAACAAAGUGUAAUGAAAUAUAUGGAGGUAUAGAAAUAUAAAAACAUUACAAGUUUGAUGAGUGCAUUUAGAAGCAAUAAGGUGUAAAUAUUUCCAGGAAAUACACAGGGUGCUAACAAUACUGCCCGAUUUUCAACAAAAGAAUGUGUGUUGAACUAUUAAAAUACCUUCCGAAUUUAGCUUAAAUUUUUAUUUCAUCAAUUUAUUGAAAUAUUGUUUCACACACAAGAUUUGAUCCAUGGGUCUGCAAUGUAAGACUGUGAAUAUUGUAUUUUAUUGCCUGUAUUUGAAAGGAAUCAUGAUUAGUUUGUUAUUACUACAUGUAGUUGAAUAUUUGAAGCAAAAGUCAGUACUUCGGGCAAAUCAGGGUUUCUUUUGUAGAGAUUCAUGUGUUAAAUGUAUAUAGGGGUAGUGACCAUAACUUUGAACUCGGCCGAGGAAAUCUCUUUUUUUCCCCAUUUAUUUCCACUGAAAUCACCCAAAAUGAAAAACAGCUCUGAUAUUUGAGGAUAUUUCACUGGUGUGCAAUCGUUUUUAAAUGUUAAAGAUUGAUGAGGUAUGAUAAUCAGUGUGGUAUGUUCGAUAUACACUCACUGGGCCCCCUUCAAUGGCGAAAGCGUUGUGCUAGCUAUUGUUCAGGUAACCCGACAGAGGGCAGUUUCUUUGUAUGCCUUCGCCAUUGAAGGGGGCCUCCCGGCAUGUACACUGUUAGCGUGCUAGGUGAUUUCAACCCCACUCCGUCCUCAAUUGAUGAAGUCUUUCUUGUAAUUGAGAAACCGGAAGUUUCUUUGAGUUUGUAAAUUUUGUUUCAAAUGCUAAACAUUUCUUGUGCCUUUGGGCGAGUAACUCGAUUCCUCGUUCUACUCGUGGUUUUUCUUUUACUCGUCCUGGCGCGAGUAGAAGCAGGUACUCGCGAGUAGGAAUUGAGGGUCUAGGGUUCACAGCUUAAUACGUCCCCUGCAAACAGGGAAUCACUCCCUCCACCUCUCUCUCCCUAGGAUUCCAUUCGUUGAAAAAAAAAUCAUCUAAAUGACCCAACAUUUCGCGCAGUAAGGAUAUCUCAGUCCUGAAGAAUAUGGUGUGACUUGCAAGCUAUUUGCUUGUAAGUUACUUCACUUCAUACUAAAAUAUGUCAUUCAUCUGCUUUUAUGGGUUUUCGGUUAACUACUCUCGAGUACUCGACUACUCGCGGUAAAUUUCUUUGCGAGUACUCGAGUAGAAAAAUCCACUACUCGCCCUGGCCUACUUUCGUGGCUGUUUUAAUUAGUCUGCAACCAAAUGUAAUUUUUGUUUUCAUUGAUGUGGCCAGUAAAAUACACUGCUUAAUGUUGACGAUACCUGUAACGUACAAACAGUAUUGAAAUCUUCAGUCUUUGAAGGAGUUGAUCAACCAAAAGAAAUUAGAGAACUUCAGUGAAAUAUUUUGUGCCACCAUGCUCCUUGAUGAAAAUAAAGAGCCACAUCAUUGGGCUUAUUGUUUAUGGAAACGA